UUCUGUUCUCUCUCCGAGUGCCUGAUAAGUGUUUCUUACCCCUGAUAACUGGGACCUGUGGGAGCACUCAGACGCGAUUUGGCUUCUAUCCGCCCACCCAGCGCUGUGAGGAGUACAACUACAGUGGCUGUGGGGGCAACGAGAACAGCUUUGAGACAAGACUGGACUGUGAGACCGUCUGUAAUGGUAUACCGAGUCGUCAGAUUCACAUUGACACCCAUUUCAUAAUUCUUAUGCGCUCGGAAAUCUGUUUCCUGCCUAUUCGCACGGGUCCCUGCCACACCCGCAGCACACGAUACGGAUAUUUUCCCCCACUGAGGAGGUGUGUUCGAUACUCCUACGGUGGCUGUCGAGGCACUCUGAACAACUUUCUCACCGAGGUGGAAUGCAAGCAAUUGUGUAAAGGUAUCCCAUUGAGAGGCAUGCUUCACCUCUCUUCCUUUCCUCCACCCCCAAAGGGGGGAAAGUGCAUGUUGCGUCUGCAUCUCAAGGCUCAUAUGGUCUUCUUCCUCUCUCAUCAAUGUUCUAGACUGGACACAGAAUUCAGUUUUAGAAAUGGCUCUGCAUGA